ACUACGUCGUUUUUGAUCAUUCAACUCCUUCCUUUUACCAAAAGCCUGCCAUAGUUGGAAGCCAAGCCAAAGACGGGUCUUAAAGCAACUCAACGCGUCCGAGUCACCUCCCUCACUCGACUCGCUCCCUCAUCUUCUCCGUCGCCACACCCAAGCCGAGUGUUUUUUUUUUUUUUUUUUUUUUUUUCGUUCUUCACAUAAUUUUAAGAGACCCCAUCAUCGGAACUUUUCGAUUCAAAGCAAACCUUGUCGUUUUUGGACCUACACAGUUAACCCCAUUUACUCGAUUUUGUUCCGUAAGUCUCCGAUUUCCCUUAACAAUGAUCAUUCUUGUUAGAUUAUUUGCUGAUCCCUGUUCUCUUAUACCUACUGUUUCUUCGUAUUCGGUUUCUGGGGUUCUUUAAUUCUGUCUGAUUGUUUUUUCACUUGUUUAACUGUCAUCGGAGCUUAUAGUUAUACGGCUGUAGAAUUGUUGUGUUGUCUGAAUCUGUUCAUCGAUUGAUAUUUUCGCUACAUUUGAUUAUCGGUGGGACUUGGCUGUGAAUGUCGAAAAUUGGGGAUUUAGAUGAAAAUAAUUCGAAGCUGAUCUGGUACCCAGUAGUUCUGAUUUCGAAGUUGACAAUUUGCAUUUUAGUGGAGACCUCGAUCUUUUAGAUAUUGGGUGUCUGUAUGCACUUGGAGUUUGAGUGCAUUCAUCUUACAGUCCUUUGGUUUCUUUGGAUGCCCAAAUGCGGGGGAAAUGUCUUGUGUACUUCUGGAUAGCUUUUCACUUUUCAGACAAUGCUGUUCCUUUCCUUGAGGGUUUUCAGGUUCACAUUACUCUGAAAUCAACUAGCUGUUGCAACUAUUGCGGACAUGAGUUUUGUCUUCCGUGGAACGAGAGUUCCAGACAUUGAAAAUGGUCUGUCUGGAUUUAUACCUGAAAGGCGUGCAAUGCGGGUUCAUGCAGCACGUCCUGUUAACUCAAACUCACUUGCCUUUCUUGUCACGGUCCUUUUGCUAUUCAUGAUAUUAAACUCUCACCAGAUGUCACCAAACUUUCUGCUCUGGCUUGUGCUUGGUGUCUUUUUGAUGGCUACAACAUUAAGGAUGUACGCAACUUGUCAGCAACUUCAGGCUCAAGCCCAAGCGAGAGCUAUGGCAGCCAGUGGUCUUCUUGGUCACACUGAAUUAAGGUUACAUAUGCCACCAUCAAUAGCACUUGCAACUAGAGGGCGUUUACAAGGGUUAAGGCUUCAACUUGCUCUGCUAGAUCGGGAAUUCGACGAUCUAGAUUAUGAAACUUUGAGAGCUUUGGAUUCUGACAAUGCUCCGACAACACCUUCAAUGAGUGAGGAACAAAUAAAUGCUCUUCCCGUUCAUAAAUACAAGGUUUCUGGUCCUCAAAGCGACUCCUCUGUGAAUCAGCAGGCUUCAUCUUCAGAAUCUAAUGAGAAGAGACAAGAUUCAGUUAAUGCAGUUGGCAGUACCAAGACCUCUGAGGAUGAACUCACAUGCAGUGUUUGCUUGGAGCAAGUAAAUGUUGGUGAACUCAUACGUAGUUUGCCAUGUUUACAUCAGUUCCAUGCCAACUGCAUAGAUCCGUGGCUGCGACAGCAGGGAACGUGCCCUGUCUGUAAAUUCAGAGCAGUAUCCGGAUGGUCAGAACAGGGGCAAGGCGAAACCGAUGCUUAUAUGGUUUAGUCCUGGAUGCACAGCAAGUUAUCAAACAAUGCUUGAUGCCUUAUUAAAAGCAAAGGAUAUGGGCAGACAUGGUGUAAUUAGGUUUAGGGUAGGGAUUACAGAAAUUGGAGUUGCCGUUUUGUAUAUCUUUGAACUUCUGACGAGCCAUUAAUUGUAUUCUUGAAGUUGAUCGUUUGUGAUAUAGUCUCUGACCAUUGUGAGUGAGGAGAAUUUUGUUC